CCGAAAAUAAAAUCAAGGGUUAAUAAAUGUGAAGAAAAUGAAAAUGUAAACUCCACAGUUGAUGAAAAUGGAAAAACAUGAGAAGAAGAAGAAGAAGCAUGUUUUUCGGCUCAAUACAUUCAAAUUACUACUUUUGCUCUGCUUUGUUCUCAAUUUCUUCGUAUUCGGGCAGAGAAUUUCCUUUGAUGAACACUUCUCCGGCGGCAAAACCGCCAUGAAGAAGAUGAUGGAUGAGAAGGAAUUUAUCAAAUUUCAUGUAUCAAGACUAGUUCGAGGGGAGGAUCGUAGGAAACUUGAUGGGACGGGCUUCGCCUGCGACAACGCCGUCCACUCCGUCCACUGCGUAUCCACUAAACCCGUAAGAAUCGAUACACGGAACAUGACCGUGUACAUACCCUCCGGUGAGGACUCGCAGAACGAGACGUCCAUCGUGCCGUUCGUGCGACACGGAGACUUACCGAAGAUCUCCCCUGUUCGGAUGAUUUUGUAUGGCAACAACACGGACCCGCCCCCGUGCGAGUUCCACCACCGCCUCCCGGCCGUGGUGUUCUCCUCGGGGAGCACGGGGAACGUGUUCCACGAGUUUAGCGAGAUCAUCAUCCCUCUCUUCAUUACCACCAUGCACUUCGGGUCGCGCGUUCUCCUCGUCAUCGAGGACUACAAGCCCUCGUUCGUCGCAAAAUACCGCGCAAUCCUCUCCCGUCUCUCGUACCACGAGCCUAUCAACGCGGCCGCGAACGCUACCAUCCAUUGCUUCCCGUCUACCGUAAUCGGGCUAAAGUACCACGACGACCUGGCACUGAAUGCCAGUGACAUCCCAGGAGGGUACGGAAUGCCAUCAUUCCGUACCUUCCUGCGCACCGCCUUCGGCCUGCGGUACGCGCAUGUGUUGCAGGUACCCAGGCCGAGGCUGAUGCUUCUGUCGCGCACUAGCACAAGGAGGUUCCUCAACGAGGACGAAAUGGUCGAUAUGAUCAAGGACGUCGGGUUCCAGGUACUCGUGGUUAGACGGCCGAAACUAGCGUCGAACCUCGAGAAAUUCUCGCGGCUGAUAAACUCGUGCAGCGUGCUGCUCGGCGUGCAUGGCGCGGGGCUCACGAACGAGAUAUUCCUGCCCGCGGGCGCCGUGAUGAUCCAAGUGGAACUUCUCGGCACCGAGUGGGCUUCCAACAGGUAUUACGGUGACACAGCCCGCGCGAUGGGCGUGCGCUACUUGCGCUACCCGAUCGACCGGGACGAGAGCUCGCUGGUCAAGCUAUACGGCCGCAACAGCUCGAUCGUAACCGAUCCGGGAUCGGUGUACAUACAACAUGGUCAAAUACCUUGGAGAACUAUAUUUCUUGGUCUACAGAAUGUAAGAAUCAAUCUUGCUCGAUUUAGGGAAACCAUAGUUGAAGCGCUUAGUUUUGUUACAGAUUCGCCAAUUAUAUGAUAAUAUUAUUGAUUUUCUCAUAGUUUCAAAGGAUUGAGUUUGUUUGUUUCCAUUCAUACAUCAACAAUUGUAUUGAUCACCCACUGAAAUUCAGGGCACAUUUUGUUUCCAUUUGUUA